AGCUGAGAGAAUUUUUGACAAGCGGAGAAAGAGGCCAGGGCCGUUGAAGGAUCCAGGAAGGAAGCUUCAAGACUCACAACUUGCAUAGGAGAGGAGGAGGAGGAGCUCGAUGAGGAUGGCUUCAUCAUCUAUGGAAUCAUACCUUAGGGAAGCAUUGCAAGGCGUCCAAGGAUGAAAGAAAGCAACGUCGAGCCUCUCCUACUUCGUUUCUAUCAAGAUAUGAUUCAUGUUGAUUGGAGUAGAGAGACAUCAAAUCAAGAAGAUCAAGAGCUAAUACGAGAGACAAAUAGAGAGAACACUAUUAUAGCAAAUAUGGCGCAAGUUUCUGAAUUUCUUGAUGCAAGACGCCAGUUCAAGUCAAAACCUCCUAGGAGCAUCAAUGCUAGCAUCAAAGAUGAAGGGCUAAAUAAACUAGUAGAAGCUGUUCUCAUAACACCCAAAAGGAGUUAUUUAACCUCCAUUUAUUAGGUGUUUUAUUGUCAUAUUGAGUAUGAAUUGAUUUAUAAAACGCCAUUUGUAGCCUU